CCAACACGUGCAGUGUGUAUUUUUAUUUACCUAAAAGUGAAUUGUGUUUUAAUGUAUUUUACUGUUUAUAAAUCUCAUUUAUAGCGUAAUGAUGGUUGCAGAAGAAAUGUCUAAACCAAUACUAAAAGUUUCAGUAUCAGAUUCGGAGUCAUUGAGUGUGGACGAGUCAGAAAAUGAGGAAAAUGGAUCAGGUGUUGAAUCGAAUCCGGAAGACCUUGAUGCAGAUGCCGAAAGCGACAGCUCAAUGAACGAAGAUGAGUCGGAUAACGAUCUGUUAAUGAAAAACGAAGGAUGGGCAGACUCUGUAGCUAAAAUUCUCGGUUCGAGUAAACCGAAAAAUAAGAAAACUUUAGUGCUAUCCAGAGCCAAGAAAUUUUCAGAAGUUAUUACGAAAGAGCACAAUGAAAAGCCUAGUUUUGAAGUUAUCGGCGAUACUACAGAGAAGAAGGAUGAUAAUGAAGUCAAAAAAGAAGAUAUAGAACUUCCUGUCAAGAAAAUUAAACUUGAUAAACCAUCAAUAAGAGUGAAACCAAACAUACUAGAGAAAGAUAGAGAGAGAUUAUUAAACAAAAUAGCUACAAAAGGUGUAGUACAAUUGUUUAAUGCUGUAAGAAACCAACAGAAAACUUUAGAAAAAGACUUGGAAAGGAGUGAUUUAUCUGAAUCCAAGAAGGAAAAGAUUUUAAAGAAAUUUGAUAAGAGAACUUUCUUGGAUUCUUUAAUGGGACAGACAAAGUCUGUUGUAAUUGAUGAAGUAAAAACAAUGAAGAAUGAGGUCAAGGGUGAAGAUAAACCUAAAUGGAAUGCUUUGAGGGAUGACUUCAUGAUGGGAGCAAAAAUGAAAGAUUGGGACAAAGAAUCGGUAGAUGAAUGAAACUACUUGUUAAGUUUCAAUUUUAAUAAAUAACUGUAAA